AUGAGAUUCCUACAUGAUACAAGCGCGUUACUGUGCCUCUUUGGCGCAUCGGCCUUCGUCUAUGCUGCUGACCUGCCGGGCACUGUUCAAUUCGAUCUUGUUUUUCCAAGAAACGACACCAUUUACAAGCCUGUAUACCCCUUUCCCGUCGUGUUCGGCCUCACCAAUGGCUCUGUGGCGUGGCCGUACAGUCUUCAUUGGAGCUGGGACAUCAUCGCACUUGACAGAGAUCAAAAUAUGGACAUUAUUAUCGCAAACGGAGAUUGGGUCACUGGGGUUUCAGCCCUCAAUAAGUCGGCUCCGCCCCAAGACGCGCACCUCAUCAUUGAUCUAGUCAUUCAAAUCCUCAAUACCACAUCCCGAAAACUACUUAUGCGCUAUACUUUCGGUAUCAGAAAAUCCUGCAACGAAUCCACUGGCGAGAUUUCACCUGAUCCCGACCCCAGUGUCAUCUCUCAUGGCUUUGUCAAAUUCGGCCUGGACCCUGAAAACGGUGAUAUACGUACCUGA